GGCGGACCCAGAAACCACAGCACGCCCGGACCCGACGCGGUCCGGCCCGGCUCGACAGUGGGAAAGAGACCUGCAGGGGACUGGACAGGGGCGGGAGAGCCCGGGCAGCCUCCCCGCCGGCCAGGGUGAGCCCUUCUCACCUCUGUUACCCGUUGCUGAGACACCUGGUGCCUUGUGAACAGAGAGCUGGGUCUGCGGUGUGGAAGACUUGAAUUCAAAUCCAACUUCAAGACACUUCCUAGCUGUGUGGCCCUGGGACAAGAAAUCAGGAGAAACAACCUUGAGCAGAGGGCCUGAAGAACAGGAGGAACUGGGCUUUGGCAGUCACCGGGAGAAUGAAGACUUCUGCUAACCAGAAGCUUGAGGUGACCGGGCAAGUUACCUCACCUCUCUGGGCUUCUAAAAAAUGAAGACACAGAAUUUGGAGCCAUAUUACAGAUGAGGAAACUGAGGCCCAGACUGACCUGUCAAGAUGAUCUAUUUCAUGGACAGCGUGUUAGCAACCACAUCUGCCUGUUCUUAUGAUUGAUAUGCAUCAGGUGAAGACUUCAUUGGAGGUAACUAGGCACUGAACUAAUUGAAUGAACGGGCAUCAUUGCAAGAGUCAGCCUUGUGAGAUGGUACAACCCAACGGGGGUCCAUCAGGAGAUUACGAGACCCUUGGUGAAGGGACUUCCCUGGGGAAACCAACCAUGCUGCAUCUCCCUUCCAACCAAGUCUCUCCGGAGGCUCUCCAGCGCUUCUUGGAGGAGAACCAAGAACUGAGAGAUGCGUUACGACAGAGCAACCACAUGCUCCGGCAGCGCUAUCACGAGUUCAUGAGCUUCCAAGCCAACCAGAGGGAGGAGAAGGAGUUUCUCCUGAGAAAGUUUCAGGAGGCGAAGAAGCUGGUGGAGAAGCUCAACAUGGAGAAGCUGGAGCUGAAAAGAGAGAAGGAGAGGGCGCUGCAGGUAAGUGAGCAGGUCCCAGACGAGACAGAAAGAGAGGCUUUGAGGACUCUGAAGGAGCAGCUGGAGGAGCGUUUGCGACACUUUCAAGAGACCAGUGAAAACCUCCAGAAGGAGAAACAAGCCCUUCUUCUAGAGAACCAGGAGCUCAGGAAGAAGGUAGCCCAGGGGCAAGCUGGGGAGAACCAACUGAGGAUGAAGGACAGUAGGAUCCAACCACAAAGACUGCUGGAGACAGAAUCUCUGCAAGGGCCAAGUGGCAGGAGGGAUUUCGAGGAUACAGGGCUCAACAGCUUCUCCUUCUUGGUGUUUUCUUUUAGUCCUAGGAGUGGGGAUUCCAUUGACUUGCUGAAAAAGAAGAUGCAGGAUGUUGAGAAUGAGAACACAGCACUGAAGCAGGAGCUGGCAUCCCUGAUGGGCAAGGUGGCCCAGUUUGCAUCGAGGGAAAAAGAUGUGGAGAGGAGAGCUGAGCAGCAGAUACAGGUCCUGAAGAGGCAGGUGGAGCAACUGACAGAAGACAAAGGAUCCGUGCAAGCCCAGGUGACCUCACUGCUCGCGGAGCUUCAGGAGAGCCAGAGCUGCCUGGAGGUUUCAAAUAAGGACAGGCAGGUCCUAGAGGACAGAGUCCGAACAACCACUGAGAAGGUCAAGCAUCUAGAGAGUGAGAAUGAACAGCUGCACACACAGCACAGUGUGCAGGUGGACCAGCUGCGCAUGCAGACCCAGAAUGUGGAGGCUGCCCUGCGGAUGGAGCGGCAGGCUGCAUCUGAGGAGAAGAGGAAGCUGGCCCAGUUACAAGUAGCCUACCACCAGCUCUUUCAGGAGUAUGACAACCACAUCAAGAACAGGCAGGCGAGCAGCGAGCGCAAUAGGGGAAUGGAUCUUCACUUGGAAGACCUUAACCAGCAGUUGCAGCAGGCAGAAGAGGCCCUGGUAGCCAAGCAAGAAUUGAUUGACAAACUCAAGGAGGAGGCUGAACAACACAAGACAUUGAUGGAAACCAUCCCAGUCCUGAAGGCACAGGCUGACAUCUACAAGGCUGACUUCCAGGCAGAGAGGCAAGCCCGAGAGAAACUGGCAGAGCGGAAAGAACUUCUGCAGGAUCAGCUGGAGCAGCUCCAGAGGGAGUUUAACAAACUGAAGGCUGACUCGAAAGAAACAACCCGGGCUGUGAACCCAAAUUUCUGCUUUCAAAGUAUUGAAGAUCUGAGAAAACGGCAUGUAGAGAACCCCCAGCCUGCCUUGUCCCAGCCAGUUCAUCCUUUCUCCUUUCAUCCCAUACAACCUGGCCAGAGGAGAAGCCUUCCAGAUGAACAACCAGAUUUUUGUUGUCCCAAAUGUCAGUAUCGGGCCCCAGAUAUUGACACCUUGCAGAUACAUGUCAUGGAAUGUAUUGAGUGAUGCCUGGCCCACAUGAAGCUGUGGCCCAGAAUAGGCCAGCCCACCCUGCUAUCCCCCAUGCUUGCUUUCACUUGCCUGGCUCUUGAUCCAACAUUAGUGAUGUCUGAUGGUAAGCGGCCCCCUUCAUUUAGUUUGCUCUUUGCCUGAUCUGGCUUGCUGUACCUCCAGUUGUGUUAAGUACUUUCUAGAGCUGGAAGCCAUCCAGUCUACCCUUCCCCCCCAUUUUACAGAGGUGAUCAAGUUAAUACAAGUCAUCUCCAUGAGAGAGCAUGUGAAUCCAGGUCCUUUGACUCCAGCCCACGCUGUCUCCCAGUUUGGCCACCUUUGCGUUGGAACAGAGAGGCAGCUGGAGUGGGGCAGGGGUACUACGGCCUGUCCCGUCUUGGUGGUUCUUGGCCCAGCUCUUGGGAAGAGAAGUCCCAGCAUUUAUUAAGGUAUAUCUGGGGCCAGUCUAGACUAGUUGCCAUUUCUGUGGUGCUUUUACAGUUAGACCUAGGCUUUCCAUGCUCUCUCAUUUGAGGCUUAGGUAGUAUUUUCCCCCCUGUUUUAGACAUAGGGAAACUAAAGUUCAAAAGCAAAGAGAUUCAUGGGCCUCCCAUCCAGAGCCAAGUGCUCCCAACUUUAGGUCCAGCAUUGUAGCUGUGGAAAAGAUGAGGCAGUUAUGCCGUAGGCCACACUUGGAAGACAUGCAGUCAGUAUCAAAGAUUUAGCUUGGUGGCUCCUAGCGCUUUUGAAAAGUGUACAUUGGCCCAGAAGAGCUCACUGGGCUCCUUCCUUCCUUCCUUCCUUCUUUCUUGUCGCAUCUUGUAUUGUGCCUCUUGUAUUGUGCCUCUUGUAUCGUGCCUCUUGUACUGAUUUUACUAAUGAACGUAUAGUUAUCGAAUUGACAUCAAACUUAGAAUCUAGAGAUUGUGUUCAGCUGUGUAGUGCUCCCCUUGACCUGUGCUGGACUUGAGUGCUCUUUCCCCUGCCUGUGGGGAAGUAUCAGCCUGCCUGGCAGAGCCACCUUUUUCACUAAGCACUUUAGCACAAAUGCAGCCCCAGUUCUAACCACAACACCGAAAUACUAUUGAAUUACUGCUUGGAUUAUUGGAUCACUAUUCCCCAAAUUCAGGAAGCCUCUUUUCACCACUUCAGACUUUAAAAGGACUAGGUUCCUUCCCCCAGUUGUCAAACUGAGUAAAGUAGAACUUUCAUAUAUUAAAAAAAGACGGCUAAUACUUGAGAGACAAUGUAGGACAAAGGAUAGCUUGCUGGGGCUGGACUCGGCCAGCUUCUUGUCCUGCCUCUCAGUGGCUCUGGAAACUCUGAAGACUUCCAGACCACAGAAGGGUUGCUAUCUUGCUUGGUAAAGUUCGUUUGUGGUUCCACUAACCUGGCCCAACUCCUGACUGCAGCCACUUUUUUUUUUUACCUCUAUCCCAGUGGCCUUCUCAUAUGAGAUGCCCCUGCUCUUUGUAGACCUCCCCCAACCCCCAAACUGCCAACUUGACUUAGUGGUUUAAUGUAAUACCCAGAACACAGGUUGCAUUUUCUUUCUUUCCUUUCCCCAAAGCAGCUACUACUGUGGGUCACAGAAAAACUUCUGUAUUUGUGAAAAGUCAUUAAAUGAAUGAGCAAUGGUG